AAGUACUUCUAAGUCUUUUUAAGUACUUAUCAUAUAAAGUGUGUAUUAUCAACACAGCUGGUGUGAUUACAUGUACUAUAUCAGUAUUAUCAGUGUAUAACAGAAAGCAGGCGCAAAUUCACGUGCAUCACUGGAUCCGGCACACUACUACUUUGUCUUGAACUGAGAAGUCAGAAGCAGUCUCUUCACUUGUCUGUAAUUGUAGUUGUUAAUGGCUGAGGCACUGAGCCAAAGUACAUGUACUACUUCUAAACAUCCAGCAGUACUUCAGCACUAUAUUGUCCCUGAAUCAUUACCUUCUGGAGACUUUAAAGCUCAGUGUAAAUACUGCUCCAAAAGUAUCACAGCAUCUGUGAAAGUCACUACAAACUGGUGGAGACAUCUGAACCGUGUGCAUCCACUACAAUUAAAACAAGAAGAAUCGCAGGCCUCACAGCUAACACUAAGUCAUAUCAUUAAGGAUCACAAGAAGUAUGAUUCGAAGAACCUGAAGCAGAUACAAGCUAAUAGUGCUCUCAUUGAUUUCAUUGCUGAGGAUCUUAUUCCACUUGCCAUUGUCGAUAGUACUAAGUUUCAGAUGUUUAUAGAAACACUGGAUCCCAUGUAUCAAAUUCCAAGUCGAAAACAAUUGUCGGGCGUUUUACUUAGGAAUAAGUACUCUGCUGUUAAGAGAAAGGUUUUGGAGAAGCUUUCAAAGGCUGAAGUCAUCCAUCUUACUAUAGACCUUUGGUCAAAUCGCCAGAUGAAAGCAUACAUCGGAAUUACGGGUCAUUACAUCUCAGAUCAAUGGACACUGGAGUCAGUCAUGCUUGGCUGCCGUCGUGUCAUUGGAAGGCACACCAGCGAUAACAUUUUAUCAUGGUACCAUGAGAUUGUUGCUGAUUUUUGUAUAAGCAGCAAAGUACGACACAUAGUCACUGAUAGUGGAGCUAACAUAAAGAAAGCCUUCCGUAGUCUCAUAUUACCAGGUUACAAUGAAGAUUCACCAACUGACAGUGAUGAUGAAGAAAGUGAUGAGAAUGAAUCUGUUUCUGUUGAUCUUAUUAUUGAGCACCAUUCAUGUUUUGCACAUACGUUGCAAUUAGUUGUAAAAGAUGGGCUCACAAAGGCAGGCUCAAUUGGGACCACUAUUAAAAAGUGUUCCAACCUUGUGUCCUAUGUAAGGAAGUCUACAAUUGCUGCUGAUGUGCUAAAAGAUGAAAGAAAAUUGCAAGCUAGUAAUGCCACCAGAUGGAACUCUCAGCUUAAAAUGAUUAGGUCGGUCUUAUCUGGACCUGAGAGGAAGCUAGCUGAAUUAGAUGAUGCUCCAAAAUUAACAGCACAUGAGAGAAAUGUACUGCGUGACAUUGUAGAGAUACUGCAGCCGUUUGAAGAGGCUACAGACUUUGUUCAGAUCAGUUGUGUACCGUCAGCAGGUUAUGUCAUACCUUGUGUAAGAGGACUUAACCACCAUAUACAUGGCAUGAUAUCCAAGUAUCACUCAGCCUUUGUACAAGUACUCAAGCAAUCUUUAAGUAAGCGGUUAGCAUGUUAUGAAGAAAAUGAAGUCUACAUUAAAGCAGCAAUUUUAGAUCCCAGAUUUAAGUUACGAUGGUGUCUGAAUGAAGAUGAGAAGAAGGAAUUUACUGAGAUCAUAAUUUCAUCACUAGAGAAUAACGAAUGUCUACAACUAGUGCCAUCAAAUUCUAUUGAAGAAGCUGAAUGUAGCCCACAGCCAAAGAGAGCCAAAUCACUAUUUAGUUUUAUGCCAGAGCCUUCCUUGCAAUUGCAGUCUCAGUCUAUUUCUCUGAAAGAUGAAGUAAAUAGUUACCUACAAUCUAAGUGUGUCUCGAUGGAUGUAAAUCCAACUGAGUUCUGGAAAAGAGAAAUGGACAAAUUUCCUCGUCUCUCAAUGUUGGCUAAAGAGAUCUUGGGUGUGCCAUCUUCAUCAGCUCCAGUGGAGCGUCUUUUUAGCAUCGCUGGUAAACUAUAUAGACCUGAACGAUGUAACUUAAAGGAUUCACGUUUUGAAGAAUUAAUGUUUAUUAGGUGUAAUAAUAAUUAAUAAAUUGAUUAUAAUUGUAUAAUUAAAUCUACUUUAAAAAGUACUUAUACUUGUACUUAAGUACAUAUCAAAAUACCUGAACUUAUACUUAAGUACUAUUAUCAAAAAGGUAUAUGUACUUGUACUUAUACUUAAGUAUUUUGUAAAUGUACUUGGACUUUACUUAAGUACUUUUCAAAGAACUUCGCCCCAACCCUGGUAUGUAUGUAUGCAUUUUAGUCAUAUCUGGUAUAAGAAGACACACAAAACAUACAGGGCUACUUUAUUACAAAGAUAAAAAAGAAAAAGAUCUUUUGACAUUUACUGCAACUAAAGACUUAAAUGCACUUCUCGAGCAUAUUAAUAGCAGAUACGCUGAGUCUGAGACAUAUCAAAGCUUUCAUUUUACUCUAAUACCAAUAUUUCCAGGACGCAUUGAAUUAAAAUUUGAUGCUGAGCAAAAGGCACCUAUUACAGGCUGGACUAUAUGCCCUCGUAUUUAUCCAUGUCAAAUAUAUAGGACAGAAAUUGACAACUUUGGUCAUGGUUGUAAUUCAUUUCCACCAGAACGAAUGAUAUCGUUAAUUGCUAGUAAUAAUCCAGAUACUGUACCAACAGUUAUUUAUGAUGUUCCAGUGGAAGGCAUUGUAGAACAACCACUAACACUCCGCAUCAUUGGGAAACUGAAAAACAUCCCUGGGAAUACAGUUGAAAGUAAUGUCAGUAUUUCACAAAAUACCUCACUUGAACCUCCAAAUCCAAGACAGCAACCUCGAUUACCACAGCAAAUAGAUUCUGCAACAGCGAAUGAAGCUUUUAGAGAACAUUUCUCUGAUAUGUCAAACCUGAUGUCUAUACGAUCAAAUAGAAUAAACUUUGCUACAAUGCUAUACACAGAAAAAGUCAUUCCAUUUGAAUGCUUUAGAAAUGCAAUAGAAGGUGAAACAGCAGAUGCAGAAAAGGCAACAUCUUUAUUGAUUACACUGACCCAGCUUAUCCAGGCUGAUCAUGAAGUACUAGUCACAAUAAUUAAAAAAAUUCUAUUUAAAAAAGAAGAAUUUAAAAAUCUUGCUAGAAAACUAUGUGAUGCUAUAAAAGACGAAUGACUUAAGCUACUGUUAUUAUUUUGUGUGAAAACUAAAAAUUUUGCGCUCUGUUUUAAUUUUUCCUGCUUUAAGCUGCUUAAUUUCAAACUUA